AGAAGAAUGAGCGAAAUGCGGCCCGGUUUCCGGCCCAAUACGUGGCCGAAUCCCGUCUUCUGGAUUGUUCGCCCCCCGAUUCGCUUCUUCUUCCUUCCUCUCCCUCUGUUCCUCUUUCAGGCUCUCUCCAAUCUCCUCCAACCAAGCGGCAAGCGCAAGGCGCGAGCUCCUCUUCUUCUCCCCGAAGAAACCCAGAGCGGAGGGUUCCGCUCUACUCUACUCUGCCCCCUCCCCGCAACCGCUGCCUUUCCGACUGCCUCAAGAUACACCGGCUCGUCGAUUUCUCGGGAGCAGAAGGGGAUAACCUUCGUGUUGGAAACAAUGUACUUCGAAGGCUAUGGCUACCGUGGAAGCACUUUCGAGCAGACAUAUCGCUGCUACCCUGCAUCUUUCAUUGAUAAGCCACAACUUGAGGCCGGCGACAAAAUUAUUAUGCCACCGUCGGCUCUUGAUCGUCUUGCAUCUUUGCAUAUUGAAUAUCCUAUGCUUUUUGAAGUCCACAAUGCGGCAGCAGAACGGACUUCACAUUGUGGUGUUCUGGAGUUCAUUGCAGAAGAAGGCAUGAUCUACAUGCCAUAUUGGAUGAUGCAAAAUCUUCUUCUGCAAGAGGGAGAUAUGGUGUUCAUAAAAAAUGCCAACCUCCCAAAGGGCACAUAUGUCAAGUUACAGCCUCAUACAACAGACUUUUUAGAUAUCUCAAACCCCAAAGCAAUCUUGGAGAAAACUUUGCGGAACUUUUCUUGUCUAACCACAGGUGACAGCAUCAUGGUAGCGUAUAAUAACAAGAAGUACUACAUUGAUAUAGUGGAGACAAAACCUUCCAAUGCUAUAAGUAUUAUUGAGACUGAUUGCGAGGUUGACUUUGCUCCACCACUUGACUAUAAAGAACCUGAGCCAGUAAAACCUGCCGUUCCUGCAAACACAGAGCCUACUGGUGAGGCUCCAGCUGAAGAAGAACCAAAGUUCAUUCCCUUCACUGGUUCAGGAAGGCGUCUGGAUGGGAAGCCUUCUAAAGAUAAAGAUAUGCUGGCCUCAUGCCCUGCAAAGCGACAAGCUAAUGCAACCAAUAGUGUGCAGCCCUCGACAGCCAGCACGUCACAGGGCGGUUCAUCACGUAAGACCACAGGAAAGCUUGUCUUUGGCUCUGGUGGAAAUCGAGCUGAUAAGGCACCUGAGAAGGAAGCAAAGGAAGAGCCAAAGAAAGAAGAACCGAAAUUCUCGGCAUUUACGGGAAAGAAAUACUCACUGAAGGGCUGAAUACAUAGGCAGUGAUGUUUUAUCAGUAUUUCCAGCGACAGACAUGACCAGGGAGAAGAGCUUGAUGAGCUACUGACUAAUUAUUGUCCUUGUGGGAUGGGCAUCCUUGGUUGGGUUAGUGGCAUCGUAAAGUUGAAUGUUUCUUUUGUGAGAAUUGUGAUCCUUUCUCAGCCACAGUGGAGCAACUGAUAUCUAAAGCUAUUCAUGUCUAUUUAUGGAUUCUUUACUGUACUUCCAUGUACAUAUUA